AUGGCGACGGCUGGCAUGCGCGUGCUGGUGGUGGCAGCGCUGGCGGUGGGGCUGCUGGUGGCGGCGGUGAGUGGAGCGCGGGACGUGACAAAGGCAGAGAGGGCGCUAGUCCCAGGGGAAAGCAGGCGCAUUCUGGUGGCUGAGACCUUCGCUCACCACGCCCCUCUGCCCGACUAUCUCAACCAUAUCCCCCGCUGCCAGGCCCUCGCCACCUCAUGUGGGCGCACGACAGUGACGAUCCGCUCGCAGUACCUGGGGCCGUACGACCUGCACAACGACAUCUACAACAUGACCUUCUACAACGGCUGCGCCUACAACGUCACCAGCCCACUGCGCGUGUGGCAGUGCUUCAACUUCGACAACGUGUGGGAGGGCAUACUAGACAACCCCGCGCCCAACCCCACGCAGUACCAGACAGGCAAUAUUUUUGUGCAGGCCCUGCCGGGGUACUGUGAGCUACUAUUCCAUCUGACCCUGUACUGGCGCUCGAUCGCGGUGGCGCUAGUGCUGACGGGGACGGCGGGGGUGGCAAUUGGGAGGGUGGCGGAGCGCGAGGGAGCAGGGGUUACGUGGCAAUGGGGGGCUUAUGGGGGAGACGCGCGGGCGGGUUUGAAACAUCAGGUUGUUGCUGCUGCUGCUGCUGCUGACCCUGCUUCUGCUGACCAUGCUUCUGCUGACCCUGCUUCUUCUGACCAUGCUUCUUCUGACCAUGCUUCUUCGGACCAUGCUUCUGCUGACCAUGCUUCUUCUGACUCUUCUGACCAUGCUUCUGCUGACCAUGCUUCUUCUGACCAUGCUUCUGCUGACCGUGCUUCGGUUGGCGAUGCUGCUGCUGGAAACGCUGCUGAGAACACACGCGAGGAAACAGCAGCGGCGAGCAGCACUGACGGUUCUGAUGGUGCCCUCCAUCGGGUCCUAGCGGCAGGUAGCGCGGUCGAGGCAGCAUCACCGUCACUACCCCUGCCGUCAACAACACCACCUUUGCUGGAACGGGAGGUGCAGCAAGCCAACAGCCUCCCACCAGGUGACCUGCCACUCUGCCUCCCUCCCAACCUCCUCUCCCUUCAUCCCUGCGUUCCUUGUCCCGUUAGUGUCUAG